GCAUUCGAACACACUCGACGCGUCGCGGAAUCAUUUCCAACGAUGUGGAAUCUCCAUAACUCUUAGAGCAAGCAGACGCCAGAUGACGUCUGAUCGAGCUCUAGGAGAUACGCCCGCCUAGAACCCCCAAUGGAACGUUCGGUAACGUCAAAGGACUCCGGAAGACUCGACGACAGAAACUAUCACAGUUUUGCCUCAGCAGCUAUCAGCCUCGCUGCCGGGACAGCAGGUGGCACUGCUAAUGUGGUCGUGGGGCAGCCAUUGGACACCGUCAAGGUGAAGAUGCAAGCAUACCCCGAGCUAUAUCCUUCGACGCUGCAAUGUUUUUCGAAAACACUCCGACAGGACGGAGUUGUGCGUGGGCUUUACGCGGGGACCCUACCAGCCCUGGCGGCGAACAUAGCCGAAAAUUCGGUUCUCUUCUGUGCGUAUGGUCUCUGCCAGAAAUUAGUUCAGCAGGUGUCCGGCGUGAAUAAGAUCAACGAUCUCACGCCCCUGCAAAACGCGACGGCGGGCUUCUUCGCGGCGUUCUUCUCGUCCCUGACGUUGUGCCCCACCGAGCUCGUCAAAUGCCGCUUACAAGCCCUGCGCGAAACGUCACAGUGCUCUGGAACAUCUGCUUUUCAACUCACUGGGGACAUUUGGCGGCAAGAAGGUCUCCGAGGCUUCUUCAGGGGCUUAACGCCAACUUUCGUGCGAGAAAUGCCGGGAUAUUUCUUCUUUUUCGGAGGCUACGAACUGAGCAGGAGUUUGCUCGCUCCUCCAAACGUCGCGAAAGACGAUAUCGGACCAAUCAAAACGAUUAUUGCCGGAGGGAUCGGAGGAACCUGCUUGUGGGUGUCGAUUUUUCCAGCCGAUGUCAUCAAGUCGCGGAUGCAAAUCUCACGGAAGUCAAAACAGAGCGCAUUGAACGUUCUCCGAGAAAUCAUUAGACAUGAAGGAGUUCUCGCGCUGUACAAUGGUCUAUUACCGACCGUCUUGAGGACCUUUCCCGCCUCAGGAGCUUUGUUCUUGGCGGUUGAAUAUACACGCAAAGGAUUGAACUCUUGGUUCCUCGACUAAGCGGCUUCGGGUCGCGAGCGAACGAGAGCCUUAAUGUGCGAUGAUACCAUUGAACGGCUUCAGUCUCCAGCAAACGUCGUGGGAUGUCUGGAUACGCGAAAGUCCCGAUGCGUUGAACCAGGGUGAGGUAUGGAAAUUCACUCGAGUUCACAAAUGCUCCAUGUCAAUCCCAAAGACUACCGGUACAUGCGUGAGAUUCGAGAGAGAAAUCGCCAAGUCAUCGCUCAGUACUUGGCGCUCAAAUGGAUCGACAUCCACACGAGCGUCAUAUUAUCGCGAGUCUCCAUAGAGGCCCGUGUGGCGUCCUCUCGGAGCAAGCAAAGGGUUCAAAGAUGGAGGUGGUCUCAUUCGCCACGCCGGAGUGUAAAGUCACUGGAGAC